AUGGAUUGGACAAUACUCGAGUUUAUGAGCACGAACAAUCGCAGCAGCUGCGGGUACUGCAAAGAUGUGCGAGGGCAGGACGCACCGAAUAGUUCAGAGAAAGUAGGUGAAGAAGCUGAAGGAGAAGAGUCAAGCGGCGAGGAACAACCGGAAGGGAGGAUACAAUCUUCUGUUACUGGCGGUGUAUGGGCUCACAGAAUGCUUGUCGACGACUAUGCUGGCCUUUUGGAUAAGGGCUGGAGAAGAUCCGGAAAAUACCUGUACAAACCGAAUAACAAGGUGACUUGCUGUCCGCAAUACACGAUUCGUCUCGAUGUGACACGAUUCAAAAUGUCGAGAAGUCAGAAGCGAGCGAUGCGACAGAUGAAUGAAUUCCUGGCGAAUGAUAAACGUCCGGUUUGUGGGAUUAAAGAGGAAGAUCCGGUUGAGAAGAAGGAACAACAAGCCGGCGCUUCGUCGUCGUCGACAAAAACUUCUAACAAAAGUUUGGCAUCACCGGAUGCGAAACGAGCUAAACCUGCAGAUAGGCCAGUGCUCAAGAAGAAGGAAAUUCGGAGAGCAAAAUUCGAGGAGAAGUGCAGAAAACGGAAUGUAGAUCCCGAAGCGAUUCGAGCUGAACGUCGUCAGAAAGAUGCUGAUCGCCAGAGAACAGUCCGUUCGUAUAUCGACGAGGCACGCCCAGACUGGAAGCACAAGUUGGAAGUGAAGCUUGUUACUGUUGGAAGUCCAGAAUAUGAGCAGAGACUCGACGAGUCAUAUGAACUGUACAAAAAGUAUCAACAAACUAUUCAUAAGGAUAAAGAACCUCGAUUACCUGGGUGGAGAACGUUUCUCUGUGAUUCGCCGUUGUUGAAAGACACUCACGGAGGAGUAAACUUCGGCGCGUUCCAUAUGUGGUACUUGCUGGAUGAUAAGCUGAUUGCUGUCGGUGUCGUUGAUGUGCUGCCAAGAUGUUUGUCAGCUAAAUACAUGUAUUACGAUCCGGAUUACUCGUUUCUCUCUUUGGGUACUUAUACGGCGUUGAGAGAAAUCGAACAAACGCAACAACUCCAUACUAAAUGGCCUCCUCUCAAAUACUAUUACAUGGGAUUCUACAUUCACUCGUGCCCAAAAAUGAGAUACAAAGCAAAAUUCCGUCCAAGUGAACUCCUCUGUGAUAAGUCGUUCGAGUGGGCUGAUUAUGAGAUUUGUCGUGAACUUCUUGAUAAGGCGGAGGACAAUGGAUAUGUGGAGUUUUGUCCGAAUUCCGAUCGUCCUACUCCUCCUAGACUUGAGAAUCUCUAUGUGAUGGCACCCGGUGGCAUUCAGACAUUUGCAAGUGCUCUGCAAGAGGUCCCGAGUGCAGUUGACAACCAGGAGCUUCGUCGGAACUUUGAAUACGUGGCUGAUCUCGUCGGACCAGAUGUUCCCAACCUUGUAUUCUAUUUUUCGGCGUUGAACCCAGAUGAUUGA